GAGCAGGCGUUGAAACUGUUGUGACAUGAGGGCGUGAGGCUGACGCUGUUAGGUUGAUCAUGAUUCACUCCGAUGCUUUCUGGAUACUUUUAGGACACCUUCGGGAUACUUCCAUGCGUUGGUAUGAACUCCCGCCAGAAGCCUGUAGUUUAUGUAUCGUUGUCGCUUGAUUUCGGCGAAAGAGUCAAAUGAUUCACGACCUUACGAUGGAAGAGGUCCGUUGUACUGCUCGGUCGCUGUCGCUGAUUGUUGAUCGGAACAAUGGCGACUUGAAUCUCGUUGAAAAUGGAGACCACACGCGUCAUGCUAAUCAGAUCCUACGGUAUUCCACUGGUCUGACGUCACGCAGCCAUGCGGUCGCUCUGCUUUCCGCGCUAAACACUCUCGACGACGCGGCGGGGGAAAGCAGCGAGCUUCGCGACUUUUUGCAGCGAACUCGUGCCUCCCUCCAUUCGGAAGUGGACGCAUGCCAACAAGACAUUGAAUCGCGUCAUGGCUCGCAUCUGAACGCACAUAACAAUCUGCAAGGUCCGGACCUCGACAGAGCAACGCGAGCGCAAUUGUCCCCCCAUAUCGCAACAUGUCAGCAUGACCUGUCUGAUACAGUCGCCGAUGUACCGCGACUCGUGAAAGAUGGUACACGUCACCCUGCACAGUUGUCUAAUGAAGCAGAGUCAACGGCGGAUGUAGCAGUCACGGGAUAUGCCUCGCCAGCACGUGCUGAGCGCCGUCUUCUGAUUGAAGAGGGAAAUUUGGAGGCAGAUCAUUCGCAGGCUGCUCCAGUUGGAAUGGCUUCACUUGCCGGAGGGUCAGAACCACCAUCGCGAUACCAGGAAGGGCCCCCAGCCUGCUCAGAGCAAGGAACUGAACCCUCUGCAGCGUGCUUGCAACGAGGUCCUGAACCCUCUGCAGCGUGCUUGCAACGGGGAACUGAACCCUCUGCAGCGUGCUUGCAACGAGGACCUGAUUCCGCUGCAGCAUCUGAACCAGCAUCAGCUUUCAAGCCAACAAGGCAUCUUCCCGAGCCAACACAACCGCCCAGGGAAGCACAACCGCCCAGGGAAGCACAACCGCCCAGGGAAGCACAACCGCCCAGGGAAGCACAGCCGUCCAGGGAAGCACAGCCGUCCAGGGAAGCACAGCCGUCCAGGGAAGCACAGCCGUCCAGGGAAGCACAGCCGUCCAGGGAAGCACAGCCGUCCAGGGAAGCACAGCCGUCCAGGGAAGCACAACCCUUCAAACCCAUUCAACAUCCCGAGGCACCAGUCUUAGAGACGCCCUGUAGGCCUCCGAACACAGCAGCCGUUGCUGGCCCUGCAGCUGCUCCCAGCGCUACAGCUGCUCCUGAUACAGCUGCUGCUGGCGCUACAGCUGCUGUUGGCCCCUCAGCUCCCCGGCCUGCUUGCCUGUGGCUCGACGACAGCCAGAGGAGCACAGCUGCAGACACAAGGGGACCUGCUCGCAGUUCUCGAAUCGCUGCAUCCGAUGCUGGGGCUUCGGGUCGCUGUGAAGUAGGAGAGGGUGGUGGUAGGCCACGGGAGGAUAAUCCUCCAGACAUUCUUGAUGAGCUGCUGCUGCAACCCACUCAGCCUCAUAAUAAAUCUCGCACCGCUCCCUCCACGCACGCAGUGAUGACUCCAAAGUUCAAGGCUCCAAAUUUAAAAAAACCCCGUGCUACAAGAGGUCUCGCUGGUGGCGGCCAGGCCACAGUUGCUUCUCGGAACCAUGCCAAUUUGGUUGAUAAGGGCCACAAGGUGAAUCGCCUCCUUCACAAGAGCAUGAGCAACGCUCCCAAGAACCCCUCGAUACAGCGCCAGCUGCAGCCAUCCUUGAGAGUGCAAAGAAGCCGAGACUUAUGUCCUCCUCUUGCUUCGGAGCCUCAGCUGCACCCACAAGUGCGGAUGGUUCCAGGGUCUCCGAACCAGCUGCAUCCUACUCGAGUGCAGGAAAGAGAGCAUGGUGACGGGCAAGUGGAAGUGGUAGUUCCCGGAGCUGGAGGAUUGAAGCGCAAGGCAGGAUAUGAUGGUCCUUGUGGUGGUAUACCACCGCUGCAUGCCAUGGCUCCUGGGCCAAAACGCAAGCCGCUUGCUUCUAUUGAGAACGUAUGGCCUAAUGCACAUGGCAAUGCAGCUCCAAGGAGUGUCUAUAACGGGGAUGGGAGAGACUCACGGGCUGGCGCUGGUGAGGGUUUGAGGGAUGAUCUUGGUUCAGACAGCAGUCAGGAUACGGGCUUGGGGUUUCUCCUCCAGAAGGCGUCUGGCACGAAGGUGGAGGUGUCGGCUGCAGCUAUAGCAGGCGCAAUGAAGCUGUUCGGGGAAGAUGCCGCUGCUGCUGGUACGUGGACUGCUGGCGCUUGGGGUGCUGGGGGUCAAACCAGUCAGCCUCCUGCCCUUCCUGCUGCUGCUGCUGCUGCUGCUGUUACUCCUCCUCCUCCUGCUGGUGCUGCUCCUGCCGUUCCGUCUGCUGCGAUGCACAACGCACGCGAACCUUUGGGCUCUGAUGCUGAAGAAUGGCGGCAAGGGGAGCAGAGGUUGCAAGGGAAGCUGGGGAUUCAAGGGCAGCAGGAGACGCAAGGGCAGCAGGAGACGCAAGGGCAGCAGGAGACGCAAGGGCAGCAGGAGGCGCAAGGGCAGCAGGAGACGCAAGGGCAGCAGGAGAUGCAAGGGCAGCAGGAGACGCAAGGAAAGCAGGAGACGCAAGGGCAGCUGGAGAGUCCAGAAUGCAUGGCUCUAGUGCCAGUAACAGCCGCAGCAGCACUCACUACAGAACAGAAUCCCUCUCCCCUAUCACUGGUACCACCGCAACCACCAGAACCAGCACAACCACUUGCCACAGCUAGUUUGUUUCAAACAGGCCUGGGCAAGCCGGUGCGUUUCUCUUCAGCUGCUGUGGACAAGGCAUGCGCUCUGCUGGGCGUGCAACAACACAAGAGGCCACGAUUUGAGGAACCGCCACCGCCACCACCACCUGCUACAGCUAGUUUGUUCCGAACAGCGUUGAACAAGCCCGUGCCUUUGUCGUCAGCUGGUGUGGACAAGGCAUGCGCUCUGCUGGGCGUGCAACAACACGAGAGGCCGCGAUUUGAGGAACCGCCACCGCCACCACCACCUGCUACAGCUAGUUUGUUCCGAACAGCGUCGAACAAGCCUGUGCCUUUGUCUUCAGCUGCUGUGGACAAGGCAUGCGCUCUGCUGGGCGUGCAACAUCACGAGAGGCAGCGAUUUGAGGAACCACCACCGCCACCACCACCUGCUACAGCUAGUUUGUUCCGAACAGCGUCGAACAAGCCUGUGCCUUUGUCUUCAGCUGCUGUGGACAAGGCAUGCGCUCUGCUGGGCGUGCAACAACACGAGAGGCCGCGAUUUGAGGAACCGCCACCGCCACCACCACCUGCAACAGCUAGUUUGUUCAGAACAGCGUCGAACAAGCUGGUGCCUUUGUCUUCAGCUGCUGUGGACAAGGCAUGCGCUCUGCUGGGCGUGCAACAACACGAGAGGCCGCGAUUUGAGGAACCGCCACCGCCACCACCACCUGCAACAGCUAGUUUGUUCCGAACAGCGUCGAACAAGCCUGUGCCUUUGUCUUCAGCUGCCGUGGACAAGGCUUGUGCUCUGUUGGGCGUGCAGCAGCAUGAGAGGCCACGGUUUGGGCCUCCUCAAAUCGCACCACCGACACAGGUCCACGUGAGGAUUGCAGAUCUGCAGGACAAUCAGGAAAAUGAGCGGCCAUGUGUUGAGGCUUUGCGAAUCACACUGCCUACGCACAGGCCUGCAGCUCUGCUGGACGUUCAAGAAAAUGAGCAGCCAUGCGUUGAGGCUCCUCGGAUCACACUGCCUACGCACAGGCUUGCAGCUCUGCUGGACGCCCCUCAAGGGCGUGAGGAGCAGCAGCAGACCGCUCAUGCAGACGGUUCCAAUGGUGAACGUGCGCCAAUGGAGCUUUCAGCACGAAAUUCAGGAGCAGAGCAGGCAAUAGUGGCGCAGGCAUAUGGUAGCGCCAGUGUGGGGGGAGCGAGUGUAGGGGAGGGCCUGUUCCGAACAGGCCGGGGCAAGCCAGUGACCCUAUCGUCUUCAGCUGCCGUGGACAAGGCGUGUGCUCUGUUGGGCGUGCAACAGUACGAGAGGGCACGGCUCGAACCAACACCGCUCCCAAGUGCUACCGCUAGUUUGUUCCAAACAGGCCGGGGCAAGCCUGUGCCUUUAUCUUCAGCUGCUGUGGACAAGGCGUGUGCUCUGCUGGGCGUGCGGCAGCAUGAGAGGCCACGGUUAGAACCACCGCCAUCUGCUGCUACUACAGCUAGUUUAUUCCGAACUGCCUCAGACAAACCGGUGCCUUUAUCUUCAGCUGCUGUGGACAAGGCGUGUGCUCUGCUGUGCGUGCGGCAGCAUGAGAGGCCACGGUUAGAACCACCGCCAUCUGCUGCUACUACAGCUAGUUUAUUCCGAACUGCCUCAGAUUACACCUUCUGGAGCGGCAGAGGAAGAGCAGGUGCUUCGGGUUCUCUUGCUCUGCCUCCUCCUACUGCCCAUGCCGCCCCUGCACCCGAAGCACCUGCUCUUCCUCCCCCUUCCCCUCCUUCCUGGCCGCUUGCCCUGUCCCAACCCUCUGCACAAGGCGUGGCCGAGCCUGCUGUGGAGGCCCGGGCAGCUCUUGCCAGGGCAGAGGAAAUGGUUGCGAGUAUGUGGGACCUGGGGACAGGUGGGGGGGAGAGGGUUGGUGAGAGAAAGGGGGAGGGGAGAGGAGGUGUGGAAAGUUGGAGAGGUGGUGAUGGGGAUGAUGUUGGAAAUGAGAUAGGGAUCAGGGAUUUGAAUCUGCUCCAUGUAUCUCAUCGACCCAAUCAGAACGGAGCCAGGUGGAAUGCAGCCCAUCAGAAGGGAGCUGUCCGGAAUGCGGCCAAUCAAACCGAGGCAUCAUUGAGCAACUGGGUGGGCAAGUCCCUGGUGCAAAACCUUUCCCAACUGUUUACAGAAGCAGCAGCAGCCGGAGCAGCAGAAGGAACAGCAGCAGCAGGAGCGUCGCUACCCCAGAACCAACAGCAGCUUGCGAGUGGGCCCUCAAAUUCGUUCAAUCCUCACACUCCUGGCUCUUUCAAGCCGUCAUCUGAUCCAUACUCAAAAGCACCACAUCCCCGAACAGCCCAUCCUUUAUCCCGGUCUCCCUUUCCCUUGGCGAAGGGCCACACUUCCUCACACAUUUCACAGCAGCCCCCCCCCACACGGCCGCUUCUCCAGUCACCUGCACCUUCCCCACACACUCCCUCACUCGCCCAGCCACCUCCCCACCGUUCCUCCCCUCCUCUCCACCCCUCCUCCCCACUCCACCCCUGCCCUCCCCUACACCCCUCCUCUCCUCUUCAUCGGUCUGGUGGCCCUUCCCACCCUCCCAACUCUCCCAACCACCGCUCCCCCACUCCCCUCCACUCUUCCUCCACUCUCCUCCACGGUUCCCCCACUCCUCUUCAUCGGCCCAACACCACUCUCCGCCGCUCCCUCACUCCUCUACACCGAUCCCCAUCUCCUUCCACCUCCCCAUCUCCUAGACGUGCCUUCAUCCCUCCCACCUCCACCAUCCCCUCGCUCUUCUCCAAGCAACGCCCCCCUCGCUCCCGUACUGCUGGCCUCCCCCCCAUCCCCAUGCGCCCCCUCACUGAUGCCACUGAUGCAGCAGUGCCUAGUGAUGCCCAUCGGAAGUGUGGAGUGGGAGUGGGAGUGGGAUGUGUGGCUGCAGAAUGUACAGGAGACCAGAGGGCUGAUUCUGGUGCAGGGGCAGCACGUGGGUUGAGGGGUGAGGGAGAGGCAGGGGGUGCAGCGGUGAUGGGGAGGCAGAGGGGAGGGGAGCCGAGAGCACUGCAUGACAUGUACAGGGAGAAGGAUGGGAAGCCGAGGAAGCGGCCCUCCAUGGCGGAAUUCUUUGGCUACCCGCCUGGCCUUGAAAGGCUGGAGGGCAAGGUGUCAGGAGCAGUGCGCAGAAUGACAGCAGCAUCUGCCCUGACAUUCACCUUCACGGUUCAAUCUGCCGUGCAAGCAGAUGAAGCACCACAGCCAUUGCCACCACUCACACAUAAAUCUGCCGUGCAACCAGCAGAAGCACCAGCAAACUCGCCAUCAUUGCCAGAACUGCCGGCACUGCAAGCACCACCAGUAUUGUCACCAGCGUUAACGGCACUGCCGGCGUUAAUAAGACUACCAGCACCAGAAGUACCACCACCACUGCUACCAGCAGCAGAAGUACCACCACUGCUAACAGCAGCAGAAGUACCACCACCACUGCUACCAGCAGCAGCAGCAACAGCAGGACCACUGCUAUCAGCGCCAUUGCCAUCACCCACACCAUUAUCAUUACCACAACUAUUACCACCAUCGCCACCAUCACCACCGUCACCACAAUCAUCACCACCAGCGGCUGGAAGGGAUAGGCCAGAGGACUCAGAUGCGACAGAUGCGACUGUGGAAGUAGAGGAAGCAGGUGGCGCAGCAGCCGUUGCAGAUGUAGCAGCCGUUGCAGAUGUAGCAGCCUUUGCAAAAGCAGGAGGUUUGGCAGAUGUGGCAGACAUGGCUAGUGUGGCAGCUGUAAGUAAUGCAGAUGAUGCAGAAGGUGUGGCACCAGUUGCACCAUUGCUAGCGGGAGCAGAUGCUUGCGCUGCAGCAAGUGCUGCCAGUGGCCCAAGCCCUGCGAUAGAGUCACGCCUAGGUGCAUGCCCUUUGACAGAGUCACACCAAGGUAGAAGCCCUGCGAUAGAGUCACGCGCUGGCAACAAUCUAGCAGAUACAGCAGCCACAGAGGCUGGGUGCUCGAACAAAACAGAUCUUAUAGCAGCAGCUUCAGCAGCAGCAGCAACGGAAGGAGGGGAAGCAAAAGAACCAGGAACAGGGGCGUUAUCACCGCUAAAACACGAAGCAACGGCAACUUUGGCGGUUCCUGGUGCUGCAAGAGGUGGAAAGAUGGCGAGGGUUGGCCCGCAGGAGUUUCGGGACAUGCUGAUUGCCGCAGGCGCUCAGCCCAAGUUCGCCACGCGAGACUGGGUCGCCAACCACUACCGGUGGAUCGUGUGGAAGCUGGCCUGUCAGGAGCGUAGCUUCCCCCGUCGCCUGGCAGGCAGGAUGCUGACAGUGGAGAGAGUGCUGGAGCAGCUCAAGUACCGAUACGAGAGAGAAAUAAAUGAAGGCCAAAGAUCAGCUCUAAGGAAAGUGUGUGAGCGGGACGCUGCUGCUGGCAUCCCCAUGGUGCUCUGUGUCUCGGCUGUGCGCUCCCAGGGGGGAGGCAGCAAGGGAGGGGGUGGAGGAGGAGGGGCCGAGGAGGAAGUGGGUAAACGGGAGGAGAAGAGUGAUGGAGAGGAGGAGGAGGAGGAUGAGGAUGAGGAUGAGGGGGACAAGAGGCAGGAGGAGCGGCAGAGAGGAGCGCUGACUGUGGCGGGGCAAACCGCAGUGAUUGAAGUGACUGAUGGGUGGUACUGGCUGCCUGCUCGCCUCGAUGCUCCCCUCACGGACCUCCUGCACCACGGUCGGCUCUUUGUCGGCCAGAAGAUACGGGUGUGUGGGGCCGUAUUGAAUGGCUGCAUGGAGGGCCUGCCUCCACUCGAGGCACACUCAGCUUCCACCCUCUCCCUUCAUUUCAAUGGCACCUACCCAGCUCACUGGUGUACCAAGCUUGGCUUCUGCCGACAGAAGCCGCCCGUCCCAAUGGCAUUGCGCAGAGUGAAGGACGAUGGGGGCCCCAUCCCCCUCACCUGCGUGGCCAUAGCCCGGGUCUACCCCACGCUCUUCUGGGAGAAGAACUGCCGGAGGGAAGGAGACGGUGGCAAUGGUGGCGCUACUGUGCCGGGCGGCACGAUGCGCUCAGCGAGGGCUGAGGCGGUGGCAGUGCGAGAGUUUGAAACGAAGAGGGAGCAGGUAGCAGAGAGGGCGAGUCUGGAGGCCGAAAAGAAGUUGUUGGAAGAAGAGGCAGCAGAAGCAGCGGCCAGGGGGGUGAGGGGAAGUGCAGGGGGGGUAGGAGGAGGUAGAGGAGGCGUAGGGAGAAGGGGCGCGGGAGGCGGGAGAGGGGGGAGAGGCGGGGCGCUAAGGGCGGCAAUGGGGAGAGGGAGGUCUGCUGGGUUCUCGUUAGGCCGGGGCAGGGGAGGGCUGGCGCGGGCGGAGAGGGAGGGGAGUCAGCUGCUGCUGGAGUUUGAUGCUAGCGGUGACCCGGAGUCGUUCCUGCAUGGGCUGACAGGGGAGCAACGAGCUGCCAUGGAGAAAGCUCAGCUGCAGAGAGUGGAGCGAAGGAGGAGCGCAGUGCAGGAAGCGGUGGACGAAGCGCUGGCAGAAGAGGGCGUGAAGGAGAGGGACGUGUGCUCGAUGGUGAAAGUGAGGGUGGUGGGGCUCACAGGGGCGAAGAGAGCACGAGAAGAGAUGAUGGGAGACGACGGGGAGGGAGAAGACGAGAGGGAAGAGGAGGAGGAGGAGGAGGGGGAGGGGAGCAAGAGGGUGCGUCAAGGCGAAGGGUUCAUCAGCAUCUGGCGGCCGAGUGAGGAGCAGCUGCAGGAAUUGGCGGAGGGCGAAGUGUAUCUGGUGGCUGGUCUUCAGCCGUCCGCCACACGGCGAGACGCCAUUGGUUCCCUGCUCUCCCUCAACGCCAACCGAUCCACCAAGUGGCGCCGAAUGAACCGUGCAGCGGUGCAGCGGAGUCUCAGGUUCUCCUUCCCUCCUCGCCGCUGGACCCCUCUAUCUGCUCUAACGACCAUCCCCCUGGGCAGGGAAGCGGACGUGGUGGGAGUGGUGCUGGCAGUGGGCGAGCCAUAUACCGUGGGGGCGUGGCAGAGGGGGCAGUGGGUGCUGCUGCUAGAUGGGUCGGGGGAGAGAGAAAGCUGGAGUGAUCGGAGGGGUGUGGGAGGGAGAGGUUUGGAGGGGAGGGGCGGGGGAGCAGCAACGGCAGCAGUAGCCAGAGCAGCAACAGCAGCAGCAGCAAUAGCAGCAACAACAGCAGCAACAACAGCAGCAGCAGGAACAGCAGCAGCAGCAACAGCAGCAGCAACAACAGCAGCAGCAGCAUCAGCAGCAGUGGUUACAGCAGUUACAGGAUCAGCUGCAGCUCCUGCGUUAGGAGCACUAGAAGUAGCACUACCACCGACACCAGGAAGGGAAGCAUCGUCAGUACCGGCUGCGCCACCCAUGUCAGGAGCAGAACAACCAUCUGCACGUGCGCCACCUCCAGCCAUACCCCAACCCAUGCACCAGGGUCGGGGGAGGCCCGGAUUGGUUGGGGGAGGGAGGUUUGGAGCAGCAGGCAGGAGGGUGGGAGCGAGGGGAGGGAUGGGCGCAGGGGGAAGACAGAUCCGAGGCAGGGGUAGUAGCAGACAAUUGCAUACAAUUGGUCAGCUUCGGGGAUUUGGGUUGACAAGAACGGGCGAGCAGGGAGGGGCCAUGCUGAGAGAGGGAGGGGCAGGAUGGGGAAGUUCCAACGCCACACGGCCUGGUGGAUGGCCAGGAGGGGGAGGGGGGGGAAGGGGAGGAGGGGGGGGAGGGGGACCUGGUGAAUCUUCGGUCAUAGUUCCAUCUGCAUUGAAAGUGCCAGGGCUUUCUGGGGUCGGAGCAAUGGCAGUUACUGGAGGGGGAGCAGAUGCACUGGGUGGGGUGGCAGGAGGAAUGGAGGGGGGGGAUGGCAGUGCUGCUGCAGUGGUAGCUGUGCAGGUCUUGGCUGGGGACCGGGCCUUUGUUCCUCUCGAUCCUUCUCUCACGGGCUCCAUUGUGUCGUGGCGGAACCUUGUGCGACGGCCGGGCUGCUUCUUUGGAGAGGACGGGGUUUGGAUAGCAGAAGCGACAGAUGCGGCAGAGAUGUCGCUCUCUCCACAUUUUUCCAGAGAUGCUGGCGAGAGGUCGGCUGUGGAUGCCUUGGCUAAAUGGCGGAACAGAAACACCCAGGUUGUAGAAAUUUCGCGCCAGAGGUUUUGGCCUCUCUUGUUCAACGGUAGAAAAAUAUGAUUCUAGGUUUGCAUAAUGGAUGUCUGAUGAGAAUCAUACUUUCUGCACAAUUAUACAAUAGGAAGCACAGUUAAUCAAUGUACGCGGUAUUG